UUGCCGAUUCGUGCGUUGACGUUUCUCGGUUUGUCAAACGUCAUCCCGCUGCGAUCUCGCGCAUCUCGGGUUUUGCGCCGGGUGGGAGCUUCUCGCGGCCGGAAGCCGCGCUACGCCGGAAGUCAACUCUGACGUAGUGGGUCGAGCGACGAAGCGUACGCUUCCAUUUUCUCGAGCCUUACGACGAACACGGGGAACACGUGCUUCGUCGCCGGUCGCCGCGCACACGACACGCUCUGCUCGUGCGAGAAAUCGCGUGGGUGAUUUCUCAUCAAGCAACCCCCUUCGCGCCCCGUCGCUCCUCGUUCCUCGACGCACGACAGGGAAGUUAAGAAUGAAUCCCGAGAAGCUCAAGAAGCUGCAGGCCCAGGUGCGAAUCGGCGGUAAGGGUACACCCCGACGCAAGAAGAAGGUUGUGCACGCAACUGCUGCCACAGAUGACAAAAAGUUACAGAGUUGUUUAAAGAAACUUUCUGUAAAUACAAUUCCCGGUAUAGAAGAAGUUAAUAUGAUCAAAGAUGACGGUACAGUCAUUCACUUUAAUAAUCCAAAAGCCCAGGCCAGUCUAUCUGCUAACACAUUUGCCAUUACUGGUCAUGGGGAAAAUAAACAGAUAACUGAGAUGUUACCAGGAAUAUUGAGUCAACUUGGUCCCGAGGGGCUGACACAGCUGAAACGAUUAGCGAGCACAGUCGCUGGAAGUGCAGUCGGUAAAGCCACAUUGGAAGAAGACGAUGAGGUGCCUGAUCUAGUGGAGAACUUUGACGAAGCUAGCAAAGAGGAGGUUGCUCCAAAAAAGGAAGUAGAUGAAAAUGAUAAACCAAAUGGUGAAAAAAAAGAUGCCAUUAUUAUUGAAGAGAAGAAAGAAGCUCCAUUAGCUACAUCUGAGGCUUAAGAAAAAAAAUAUCGAGAUGUUUCAUACAACAAUUGAAGUUGUAAUUGAGGAAUCAAGAGAGGUGUGAGUUGCAAAAGCAAUGGAUAAAUGAAGCACUAUACAUACGUUAUAGAUACUUGACAUAAACCUUAUGAUACUUGCUAAUAUAAGUAACAGUUGACAAGAAAUAAAAAAGCUGUUACAAAAAUCAAAAAGAUUUUCCAACGAUAUUAUUUUAUUAUUUUGGUGCUACCACUAAAGAUAAUCUUUGCUUCAAAUUAGUCGAAAUGUUCUUAUUCGCCCCCGAAUUAAUAUCGUGUGACGCUUUAACCAUUUAAAAUGUCGAUAAAACUUGAACAUUUAGCCCAAUCACAGAAUUAUAAUAAAGAAUUAAUAUGCUACAAUUUUGUUAUUAAUGAUACAUUGAUAGAAAUGCAUAAGCAAAUUUCUUUUUUGAAAUUACAUUGAAUUUU